UUCAUCGUGAAGAUUCAAUAUCUAAGCGAGCUGCAUCCAUGUAGGGUCCGUCUACAGAGCGCCGAUGUAACGAGCCCUCUGUAGCUACCCGGUUAUCGUCUCCUUGGCAGCAUGCAGCUAGGUCGGGCAAGGUAAAACAUUUUAAUUUUUGGAGAACCGUGAGAACAGGAUUAUAGGGGAUUGGGUUAGAGCAAUUCGUUAUUCUUCAGCCCCCGGUAAGCCCCGCUGCAUUGCCGAGACCUGCUGCAUAUAUAGCCCGGUCGAGCCCUUCGUUCAUGGUGAUUGUGUUAUCGGGAGUAUAAAAUAGAGCAACGGAGAGAUGAAUUCAUAGGACAGAACUCACUUGCCGCUCCCCUCUACAGCCUACCGAUCGAAUAAUACAUCCGUCCCGCUUCAACGAUAGACGUUCAGCAUGGGCCAGGACGAAAAGAAUGGCUACGAGUUGGCUGCCGUCGAAUCAACGGGCUAUGCUUCUCCUUCUCAGUCGCCUCGCACCGCAGAUGGCUCUCAAGAGAACGAUGUUGCAUUUCUCCAGACGCGGACGCAGAGGAUUUUCAAUGAGAAGCAACUCUUUGCAUUCUCCCUUGUCUAUAUGGGCACUUGGAGUGGUGUUCCUGCGAACAUGUACUAUUCCAUGUACAACGGCGGACCCGCGGCGUGGUUCGCAAGCUACGUCAUUGUCGCCACGGGUGCGCUCUUGCAGUGUGCUGCGUUCGGCGAGAUCGCGAGUAUCCAGCCUAUAGCCGGUGCCCAAUACUAUUGGACGUACGCAUUCGCACCGCGCUCAAGCAAGCGGUUCCUGACCUGGCUCCAGGGCUGGAUAACCUGGACAGCAUAUGUCGCCACGUUCGCAAGCUCCCUCAACUUCGGCACCUCCAUCUUGGAGGGUCUGAUCCAGCUCAACAACCCCGACUAUGAAGUCGUGGGCUGGCGCACGACGGUCAUCACCCUCUCGUCCCUGGCGCUGCUCACGUUGGUCAACCUGUACGCUUUCCGCAUUGUGCCCUGGUUUGAAAUGGUUGCCGGCGUCAUCAACGUCCUCUUGUUCCUGGUCUUCAUCAUCGUGUUUCUUGUCAUGGCGCCCAAGAACAGCGGAGACAUCUUCACCAUGUCGAACGUGUCUUCUGGCUGGGACAACUACUUCGUCGCCUCGCAGGUGGGCGCGCUAUCAAAUAUUUGGCUAUUCAUCGGUUUCGAGGCCAUCAUCCACAUGGGCGAGGAGACCAAGAACGCCAAGACGAUCGUGCCUCGGUCGCUCUUCUGGUCCAUGGCGGCCAACGCGGCCCUGGGCUUCGUCAUGCUCGUGGUGACGCUCUUCUGCAUGCCGCCCGUGGACGAGAUCCUGGACGCCGCGAGCCCCGUCGUGGCCCUCCUGCUGCACGUGACGGGCUCGACGCCCGCCACGACGGUGCUGGGCGCGUCGCAGUUCCUGCUGGCCUACUCGGCGACCAUGGGCAACGUGGCCUCGGUGUCGCGGCUGACGUGGGCGUGGGCGCGCGACGGCGGCCUGCCACGGUACUUUGGGCACGUCGACGGCCGGCGCCGCAUCCCGUUCCGCGCCGUCUGGCUGACCUCGGCCAUCGUGGCGCUGCUGUCGCUGCUGAACCUCGGCAGCGCCACCUAUGUCGCUCUGGGCGCCAUCACCUCCCUGUCGUCCAUGGCCAUGUACCUGUCCUACGGCGUCGUGCUGGCCGUCGUGCUGCAGGCGCGCCUGGCGGGCCGGCUCCCGAUCGGCCCCUGGAACUGGGGCCCCCGGAGGGGCGCGCUCAUCAACGCCGGCGCCCUGGCGUACACGCUUUACGUCCUCGUCUGGUUCCCGUUCCCGCAGGACCUGCCCGUCGACGCGUCCAACAUGAACUACUGCGGGCCCGUGCUCGGGGCGGUGCUGCUCUUUGCCGUGUCGUUUUGGUUUGUCCGGAGGAAUCACUGGCAGGGGCCGAACCAGGCUGUGGUUGACCUUGUGCUUCGUGCCGAGGAAUAAGGAAGGGCAGGAUUAGAUAUUUGGUAGAUAUUUCAACCCACCAAUCCGGAAUGCCCAGUUUCGAGCGCUCGGACGUAUCUAUGACGUUGGGUCUAAAGUCGACUGACAUGUUCGGUGUUAAAAAAAUGAGAAGAAAAAGAACCUUGUAUACGCUGACGUGUACCGUCAUAUCUCUCAGACACGGACAAAUAUGUCACAGAUUGCACUUGGAAACACCAAGGAACAUAUAAGAAUAAUGAUAUUCAUUACAACCAUGGCUGGCGUGCUCUCUAGUACAGAGAUAUCGCUUGCACGUC